CCUGAACACGUUGGACCAGUGACGACUUCCAGAAGGUGUGCCCCGACUUUCGGAAGAAACAACAACCGUCCUCCUCCUCCUCCUCCUCCUCCCCGCCUGCCCGCCUGCCGCCAGGGUGUUGGCACUCCCUCUUCUAGUGCUCGGAACAAAACCUUAGCAAGACACACGGCAGCGGCAACGGCGGCGGCGGCGGCAGCAGCAGCGGCGUCGUGGCCUUGGCGACUCUCCAGAGGAAACCUUCAAGCUCCCCCCCUUCUGGUCGAGGUCGAAGAAUUGCGUUGCUGCCGGGACUCUUCGUCACACUCGACCCGGAAUCGACACGCCUGUUAACCGGUUGGGUCUUUGGUGGUUGUCCUACGGCCAUGGGGGACGUGGUUUCCUCUCACCUGGAUGAAGGCAAGCGGGAGCUGAUCGCAGCGAAGACCGGAGAGGUGAUGAGACAAUUCAGUGACGUUUAUAAGCAGCAGUAUGCCGUCGCUCUCUUCAACAGCGUCCGCUACGAGAUAGAAGGAGGAGCUGGGCCGCAAUCGCAGUUGCUACACAGAAAGGACCCUUUGGCUGGCCGUUUAAUCUUUUCUGGGAAUUUGUUCCAGUACCUAGAGGAAAAUCGCAAGUGGAGGAAUCGCUUUGUGUCAGUGCCCAACAACUACAGCAUCAACCUGUAUGAGAGCAAAACGGCACAUGAGCGGAGUCUGCAUCCCAAAGUAACCAUCAACUGUGCCGGCUACAAGGCCCUGACCUCCAUCGACGAUUACAUUGAACUGAUUAACGCUAGCCUUCCAGAUGUCAAAGCCAAAUUGGGCAGCGGUCCUUUCAUCAAGUGUGCAACUCCGUUCCCCCUCAUCCUGUGGCACCCAUAUGGCCGUCAUCAUUACUUUUGUGUGAUGACCGAGAAGGAGCAGCAGAAGUGGCAUGCUGUCUUGCAAGACUGCAUCCGGCACUGUAACAAUGCUCUGCCAGAAGACUGCACUGUUCAGACGCCAGCCUUCACUGACACUGUGAGACUUCAUCGACAGGGCAAAGGAGACUAUGGGACCUGGGACAUGAUGUGCGGAACUCCUCCACAGAUUCUGGCAAAUCUAGCGAUGGAGAGUCUCCAUCCUGAACUGAGAAACGCCAUCGGUCCUCGUCUGAAAGGAAAGAUGCAGCAGAGGCAGAGGGAUUGGAUGUUUAUAUCUGAUGCCGUGUACAGGCAAGUCUUGGCCCAGACCACCAGUCAGUAUGAUUCUCUUCUUGUAACCUGUGAGGAUCACAAGGUUCAGCUGGAUACCAGGCUGAGAACCGACAUGGACCAGGUCAUCGCAUCGAAAGAACAUGUCAGCAGCAGGAUUCGAGCCCUGGUGUUACCCAAAGCUGAAUCUCUCCUGAAGACGAGUGUCCAACCUUACAUCAGCUCCAUCUUAGAGGCCCUGAUGGAGCCCACCAGCCGAGGUUUCGCUGAGGUCAGGGACGUUUUCUUCAGGGAGGUGGUGGACAUCAGCAAGAACCUGUUAAAUGGAGGAGGCAAAGAAAAACUGGGAGAGCAUAUGGAGAAGCUCUCCAUGCUCGCCUUCCACCCUGUCAAAAUGAAGAGUUGCUAUGAAAACGUGGAGGAGCUAAACCUGGAGGGACUACAGCAAAGGUUCGACGUCUCCAGCCUCUCUGUGUUUGUAAGCAGGGCUCAGAUCCUCAUGAGGGAGGAAAUGGAUAAUGCAGUACACACCUUUGAACAGCUGCUGCAGCAGUCUUUGGCUGCGCAGGGAGAAAAUGACAUGUGCAAAACCAUCCAAGGUUGCCAGGACAGGGUUCUCAAGAAGUAUGAUUACGACAGUAGCACAGUACGCAAGAAGUUCUUCAGAGAGGCUCUGCUGCAGAUCAUAAUCCCCUACAUGCUGCAGCAGCUCGCACCAUCUUGCUCACCCGAGUUGCCACGUUUUAAAGAACUCAUCUUCGAGGAUUUUUCCCAGUUCCUUCUUGUGGAAAAUAUGUUUGAGGAAGUGGUGCUGCAGUCUGUCAUCAAGGACAUAAUGAUGGCUGUGAAGGAGGCUGCUGUCCAGAGGAGGCACAAUCUCUACAGAGACAGCAUUGUUAUGACCAACAGUGACCCCAACCUCCACUUGCUUGGUGAAAAUCCUCCAGUAAACUGGGGCACCAAAUUUAGCAACAGUGAACCAGAGGGUUCUCCCAGUGGUAGUGGCGAUGGUGACGGAGGAUCCGGAAAUAGACGCAAGCAAGUCGUGUCCAUGAUCCAGCUCGAUGAAGUUCCGCUGCCCUAUGAGUCCUGUUUGGAAGUUCCAGGGGUGGAACUCAUCCCUGAAGAGGAUGCCGUGGCGUCCGAUGACGGCGAGGAGCAGGCUGAGGCCGAUCUAUGCGAGGAGCCCAGAUCUCCAGAUAGUGUGGAGGCAAUCCGAGAUUUGAUCAAUCCAGUGAUGGAAGUGGUACUACCAGAAGAGAGUAAGAGCGACGUGACCAACGGGACAGUGCCAACAUUGAGCACCAUGACACUGGAGGAGGUGAGCCACGUCACCACUUUUGUGGAGGAUGUCCCCGUAAAAUCUCCACAAGAAAAUAGAUCGCCACGGUCAAUCCUUCAGCAGCUAGGAGGAAACAAGAAACCGGAAGCUGAUAAGGAUGAAGCAGAUAUUAAGGAUGCUAUUGAGGAAAUCGAUUUAGCAGUAAAGGAAGGUGACGGCGAACAAACUGCUGAGGUUUGUGCAGCAAAAUGUGAUUCGUCACCACAGCCACCAGUGGCUACAGACUCCACCCCACAUGAGGAACCUCAGCCUGUCAAAAAGAGCCUGCAAGGUGAGGACAAUAUAAUUGACCCUGUAGAAGUGGAAGUGGUUUUAGCAUAGGAAGACUGCCGUCUGAAACACUCACUCUGGGAGAGAUGGAAGCGUGCUGCAUAUGGACUUCCAUUGUAUUGUUUCCUUGUUGAUGUUGCACACCUCAAGACCAAUUAUCUUCUCCUCUCCUUGGGAUCUCUGAGAUAGUUUCUUGGGGAGAGGUUUUGAUGGAUACGGUUUAAUAAUCGCCACGGAAGCUUCUUUCAUAUGUUGUGUAUGACACUGAAUGCGCACCAUAUGUAAUAAGAAUCUGGACCCUGCUGAAACCGUACCAGCACAAAAAAUACCAUUGCGGUCAAAUGGAACAUACGCUCAAAUCUUGACGAUAAGCGACGUUGGCCCAUUUUGCAAUAACGUGUUUACAGUAAUCUGUCGGACCUGACAGCAGGGGGUGCUAUAGUAUAAUCCUUCGUAUGUGUAUUCAAAUGCGUGUUUUAACUGCAACUUUCAAAUCAUAAUCUAUUUUUCUAAGUGUGUUUGUAUUGAUAAUGCAGUCUCUACCUAAUGUGUGUUUUAACCAAUUUGCUUUCAUAGGUAUUGGCUUCAUUUAUGGGAGUUUUAAAACCUAUGAUCACCAUAGACUACAUAUUGUGAUCAUGAACAUUAUUGGCUUGCUUAUAUUUCUCCAUCUUCUUAAGCACAUUUUCCCAUUUCAUUCAUUGGGCUCCAAUGUUCAAUUUGCUCAACUCAAAUUGGCAUUGUGAACCAUAGAUGUUCAGAUUUUGUACCUAUUCAUCACUUCGAGUUUGGGAAGAAUAACCAAAUGAGUCACAAAUUGCAAAUUAGUCACUGGAGAAAAACAUGUAUAUAAAAUAUAGAGAGAGGAAAUUGGAAACACGAUUGGUGUAUACACUUCUUAAAAUUACAGUGCAGGACAUUUAUAAAGUAUGUGAUCCAUUUAAUCUUAAAUGCUGAGAAGAGAGUUGCAAAUCCUUCUCUCUUUUUCAAUCGCUUUUGCUUUAUUGUAAACCAUGUCACCCAUUGCAUAUUGGCACGCUUGUCUCAACAACUAUGUUGCAAGCUUUUUGAUCCUUAAACUACAAUGCUUUCAAUUGAGGGACACUCACACAUCUUAUUUAUUUUAUCUGUGUAGUUGUGAUUUAGAAAAGCACAACUCUUCUUUCUGUCAUCUUGAAGUAUGUACAAACAUUUAUUGGUCAAUAAAGUAUUUCCUGAACCAUG